UAAAACCGCAUUGUGUUAAUUAGCAGAUGAAAUUUGUCACAAUGAAUCCAUGAAUUUGUAGAAGUAGAGGGCCCAGAGGUUCAUUAGUGCUCAGUAAGAAUAAUGAUCAUCUGACCUUUUUCUGCAGUCCACUGAAUGUCAAUUGAACUAAACAUUUGUGGUUAUGACAGAAUCAUCUUGUAGUAGAAAAAUAUUUGGUACUCUCUUUUACUCCUCGUUUGUAGUUGCAUGUCGUGGGAAGUGUUCUGCAAGGUUUACAUUGUAUCUCACAUGUGUUUUGUUGUACCUCAGUAACUUUUUGUCUCCGAACCGCCAUGAUAACAAGACGUGAAUGUGUCAUAAUGACCUGAUUUCAUAGGAAGUCUACCUUUAAGAGAGCACGCUGUCAUUAUCCAAGAAGGUUUUGGCAAUGUUGAUUUGGCUUAUAAAUGGUCUGAGUCUUUCUGUCUUUGAUCUCACGCUGCCACUGACUCACCUCUUAUACUGGUCUCACAUUGACCUUUCUUGGUCCCCAAAGGGACCACAGUAGCAUAAUCCACCCCGUAUACAGCUCGGUGUCGGUACAUACCACGCCUGUUUGACAGAGGGCAGCUGUCAUACUGUUUGCAAGGAAAGAUUAAAGUGCUGGACCCUUCUCAGCUGGAGCCACAAUAGCUGCAUAGUCCCAGUAGUCAUCACUCCGCAUCCGUCUCCAUUUGUCACCUCUGGAAUGUCAAUGCACUUUAAAUAGAGAGUGCAGAUUUAAAAUAGAUCUCUGGGCUGCCUGGACUCAGGGAUGAGACCCAAGCAUUGUGAUUUGACAGGACUGACUAUGGUGGACUGGGUGGGCUUUUCCUGUUUUAGUUCCAUGAAAUGAUAAGAGGAGGUGAGUUGAGGCAUGUCAGGGCUCAGUCAUCAGUCCAGUCUUUAUCCCCACAGCACAGCUGCAGAUAGCUCCCUCACUCCAAUCCCUCUCCCAUCCAUGUACACUCCAGGGAUGCAUACCACGCUCCGGGAGGCCCAUCUCUUUGACACGGCUGUUUACCACAUCCCACUUAAAUAGCUGCAGUCUCCUUUCAUAAAUAUUUCCCUUGUUCCUAUGGUUACUUGGACAAAAUGACAUUCCUCCCAUUGUUUACUAAAUCGCUCCUGUUGCACCGACCAGAUUAAAAUGAUAUCUGUCGCGCCGGACAAAUCACUUUUUCUGACACAAUGCUCAGCUGCUUUCCCUGACAUCCUGUCAGAGAGAGAGAUAGAGAGGUAUUAAAGUGAUAUAGAUGAUGCAUUUUAUGCCCACGCUCUCCACUCUACGCAACAGCUGUUCCAGGAAUCUACUCAGCUCAGGCCUGGUCCCAGUGGAUGCCCCCUGCGAUGGGAAUACAGAAAUGUUGUUGACCGAGGAAGCAAAGUGACUAAGUUUACAGUGCUUACACAAACAGUCGAUAAAAUGACCGGGCAGAAUAUGCAGACAAAAGACAAAUUGUGCGCCAGAGUCAUCGGGGAGGUCUUCAAGGUGGGGGGUGACGAGAAUGAGCCAGACAGUCUAAAAAUAUGCCCUAAGCUUUCCAGGGAGUGUUUGAUAAAAAGUCUGCAGGCUAGAAGGCAUGCAGACAACAAGCUUGACUGCUCUUUUCUUUUUUUGCCUAACUUGCCCUUCUCUCAUUAGUUUGGUAUGCUGCUGUUAAUGGCUGCAUCUCCCUGUGUAUUUCAUUGUACAAAUAUUAAAAGGAAAACAUAAAAAGUAUACAUGUAUAAACAGAUUUAGAGUAACAGUCCAUGGCCUUAUUUAAUGACUGGUGUUCACCAAACUCCAGUCAUUAAAUUUUUAUUGCAUCCUUAUUAAAUGCUUAUAUUAAACUUGUGACUUUCCUCACCUCUUUUGUUCUCUUUUUUUCUGAGCUUUAAAUCAACUGUAUUCAUUGUUGCUGAAUGGGAUCAUCUAGUUUUCACUUGCAAUGUUCAGAGAAUCAUGGGGACUUUAGAAAAGGUCCCAAGAGUUAUCUCACCUCCACCAUGACUGAUCGCUUCGACUGCUACUACUGCCGUGACAACCUGCAUGGGAAGAAGUAUGUGAAGAAGGACGAGAAGCACGUGUGCACCAAGUGCUUCGACAAGCUGUGCGCCAACACCUGUGCGGAGUGCAAACGCCCCAUUGGUGCCGACUCCAAGGAGCUGCACCAUAAGAACCGCUACUGGCAUGAAGACUGUUUCCGCUGUGCCAAGUGCUACAAGCCGCUGGCCGCGGAGCCGUUCAGUGCCCGAGAUGAUGGCAAGAUAAUGUGUGGCAAGUGUGGCGCCAGGGAGGAUGGCAACCGCUGCCAGGGUUGCUACAAAGUGGUCAUGCCAGGAUCCCAGAGUGUGGAUUACAAGAAUAAGGUGUGGCACGAGGAAUGCUUCAAAUGCUUUGAGUGCAAUCAGCCAAUCCGCACUCAGAGCUUCCUGACCAAGGGUGAUGACUUCUACUGCGUUCCCUGCCAUGACAAGAAGUUUUCCAAGAAAUGCUUCUGCUGCAAGCAGGCCAUCACCUCUGGAGGAAUCAGCUACCAGGACCAGCCGUGGCACUCUGAGUGCUUCGUGUGCAACAGCUGCCGUAAACCUCUUGCAGGAGCUCGCUUUACUUCCCACGAGAACCAAGUUUACUGCGUGGACUGCUUCAAGACCGAUGUGGCCAAGAAGUGCCAUGGCUGCAAGAACCCAAUCACAGGGUUCGGCCAUGGCACCAAUGUGGUCAACUAUGAGGGCUACUCCUGGCAUGAGUAUUGCUUCAACUGCAAGAAGUGCUCCCUCUCGUUGGCCAACAAGCGCUUUGUCAUCAAUGGAGAUCACAUCUACUGCCCUGACUGUGCUAAGAAGCUGUGAACUGCACAAUCAGCUCUGCAGAGGGACACUGUUUAAAGGGGAAAUACACCAAAACUGACUCUUACUUUGCAAAAGAACAGUUUGUUCUCAUUAAAUUCAACUUUUGGGAGUUUUUGUAGUGAGAUUUAACAACAGAGCGCGUGUGACGGACGUCUUAGCAUUUCUGAAUUGAAGAAAAUGAAGAUGUCAAAAAGUUUUGGUGAAACUUCUCUUUUAUGCAGCUGACAGACAAGUUUCAACUAAAUAUGCACUAGCUUGAAUCAUUUAUCUACAUAUACUGUACAUUACUGCAAACUUGUUUCAAGUGUUAGAUGCUAACAUGGCAACAGAAUUUUGUGGGAUUGUGAUAUGCACUGCUGGGUCUAAUCUCAUCCAGGAUUCUGUGCAGCUGUAUGAGACAAAGGCCUUUUUAGUGCUUUACUGGAGUCUAUCAGAGAGAAUACUAUGCUUUUUCCAUGCAUACUGCUCAUACAUACCAGCUUUGAUUAAUAAUCUGUUAUGUCUAGGAAGAUUUGAAUGGAUUAUGAGAACUUUCAAAUACGUUUAGUGAGUGAAUUUGAAAUGCUUAUAAUUAGGUCUUUGAGACUGAUGCUGAAAUACAAACUGCUCAUGUAUUCAAGAUUUUAUGAGUGAUGUUAAAUAUAAAAGAAGAAUAAAGGAGGAAGUGACCUGUUA